CCAAUCUUCACUCUAAUCCCCUUCCCAUCUGGUGGGGUUUUCCGGCCACAGAAUGACGACUCGCCGCCGCGGCUCAGCCGCCAAGGGUGGGCUUCUGCCACAGCUCCUGCUGGUGGCAUUGGCCACCUUGGCUACUUCUAGUUUGGUCUCUGCUGAUCCUUAUGUGUACUCGUCUCCACCUCCGCCUUAUGUUUAUAAGUCUCCUCCACCACCGUCUCCGUCUCCACCACCUCCUUAUGUGUACAAAUCUCCACCACCACCGUCACCGUCUCCACCACCUCCUUAUGUUUACACAUCCCCACCACCACCAUCACCAUCUCCGCCACCACCAUAUGUUUACAAGUCUCCACCACCACCAUCGCCAUCUCCACCACCACCUUACGUGUACAAAUCACCUCCACCACCUUCUCCUUCCCCGCCACCGCCAUAUGUCUACAAGUCUCCACCACCACCAUCCCCGUCUCCACCACCACCCUACGUCUACAAGUCACCACCACCACCUUCCCCAUCCCCACCACCACCAUAUGUAUAUAAGUCUCCUCCACCACCAUCUCCGUCUCCACCACCCCCCUACAUCUACAAAUCUCCUCCACCACCUUCCCCAUCCCCACCACCUCCAUAUGUAUACAAGUCUCCUCCACCACCAUCCCCGUCCCCUCCACCGCCUUACGUAUACAAGUCUCCACCACCACCUUCUCCGUCUCCACCACCUCCAUACGUCUAUAAGUCUCCCCCUCCACCUUCUCCGUCCCCACCACCCCCAUACGUCUACAAGUCUCCACCACCACCAUCCCCGUCUCCUCCACCUCCAUAUGUCUACAAGUCACCACCACCACCAUCCCCAUCCCCACCACCACCUUACGUCUACAAAUCGCCACCACCACCAUCUCCAUCCCCACCACCACCUUACGUCUACAAAUCGCCACCACCACCUUCUCCAUCCCCUCCACCACCAUACUACUACAAAUCACCACCACCUCCUUCCCCAUCCCCACCACCACCAUACUACUACAAAUCCCCACCACCUCCUUCCCCAUCCCCACCACCACCAUACUACUACAAGUCUCCUCCACCACCUGAUCCCUCACCGCCACCACCAUACUACUACAAAUCCCCACCACCUCCUUCCCCCUCACCACCACCACCCUACCACUACGUCUCGCCACCACCACCGGAGAAAUCUCCUCCUCCACCAUACUACUACACCUCGCCCCCACCGCCCGCACCGGUUCCUCACUACCCACCGCACCACCACCACGCAUUGGUAGUUAAGGUGACCGGAAAAGUAUACUGCUACAAGUGCUACGAUUGGACUCACCCAGAAAAAUCCCAUAACAAGAAACACCUCCAAGGUGCUGUGGUGGAAGUGACAUGCAAAGCUGGAGAUAAAGAAAUUGUUGCAUUUGGCAAAACAAAGAACAAUGGAAAAUACAGUAUUCCAAUUGAAGGGUUUGAAUAUGCCAAAUAUGGAGCAAAGGCUUGCAAAGCUAAGCUUCAUGCACCACCUAAGCAUUCCAAGUGUAGCAUUGCUACUAAUACUCAUUGGGGAGAAAAGGGUGCUAAGCUUAGAGUGAAGUCUAAGAAUCACUAUGAAGUUGUGUUGUAUGCUGAGCCUUUUGCUUAUGCCUCCAAGACUCCUUAUGGGGAAUGUUCCAAGCCUAAGCCAACUCCGGCUCCGUACUACUACAAGUCACCACCACCUCCAACUCCCACUUAUGUCUACAAAUCCCCACCGCCACCUCCUUAUAUAUACAAGUCUCCACCUCCUCCGGUGCCGACUUAUGUUUACAAGUCCCCUCCUCCACCACCGUACGUCUACAAAUCACCACCACCACCAUCACCGUCUCCUCCACCUCCAUAUAUCUACAAAUCACCACCACCACCGUCGCCAUCACCUCCACCUCCCUAUGUCUACACAUCACCUCCUCCUCCAUCACCAUCGCCUCCACCUCCAUACGUCUACAAAUCACCACCACCACCGUCGCCAUCUCCUCCACCUCCCUAUGUCUACACAUCACCUCCUCCUCCAUCACCAUCUCCUCCACCUCCAUACGUCUACAAAUCACCACCACCACCGUCACCAUCUCCCCCACCUCCAUAUAUCUACAAAUCUCCACCUCCUCCAUCCCCAUCUCCCCCACCUCCAUACGUCUACACAUCACCUCCUCCUCCAUCGCCAUCUCCUCCACCUCCAUACAUCUACAAAUCACCACCACCACCAUCGCCAUCUCCUCCACCUCCAUACGUCUACACAUCACCACCUCCUCCAUCUCCAUCUCCUCCACCUCCAUACAUCUACAAAUCACCACCUCCUCCAUCACCAUCUCCUCCACCUCCAUACGUCUACAAGUCACCACCUCCUCCAUCCCCAUCUCCCCCACCUCCAUACAUCUACUCAUCCCCACCCCCACCCGUGAAGUCACCUCCACCACCGGCAUACAUCUACGCCUCACCCCCUCCACCAACUCAUUACUAAGCUCCACAUCAUCACUAACGCCCCUCGAGCACCCUUUAUUGAAUCCACGACACAAAAUAAAAGAAGAUUUCUCGAGGAGUUUGGUGAUCCAUGAUUCAUUUUUUUUCAAUAAGGCCAAACAUGAAGUGGAAAGCUUCUCACUGUUCAUGUUGAACCAAUUUGCAUCUUCUUAUUUUCCUAUUUUACUCCACAUGAUUCUCAUCAUAUCUCCAAGUCGAAGAUGGGACAAGAUUUACUCAGUAAGAUUGAAGAUUCAUCGACGGCUCCAAAUAUCAUUUCUUCAAAUUGUUCCUUCACAUUUUUUCCUCUGUAUUUAGUUGUUUUUUAACUAUCAAUCAAAUUCAUAUUUGUUUCUUCGCUUA